CCUUCUCUCGACGACGGACUUCAUUGUCACCAUCAUCCAUCCACCAUGCGCCUACACACCCGCUCACGGGCACGAGGGCCGUCAAUACUCCUCUCCCUCUCCCUCGCCCUUGCCUUGCUCCUCCUGGCCACUCUCACCAUAGCACAAACGUCCUAUUACAAGUUGCUGGACAUCGACCCUUCCUCUGAUGCGCGCACAAUCAAGAAGGCGUACCGUCGUCUAGCUCACAAGCUGCACCCGGACAAGUUUCCGGAAAAGGAGGCAGAAUUUGUGAAGAUGAGCGAAGCCUACCAGGUGCUGAGCGAUGAUGAGUUGCGCAAGGUGUACGAUCGAUAUGGCGAGGAAGGGGUGAAGCGACAUAGAGCUGGUCAGGCGGGGGGAGGAGGGGGUGGAGGGCACGACCCUUUUGACAUAUUUAGGAACUUCUUUGGAGGAGGAGCAGGUGGCGGAGGAGGGGUGAGAAAGGGACAGAGCAAACAGUUCAACAUUAUGGUUUCACUCAAGGACCUCUAUGUGGGGAAGACGAUUCACCUCGAAUACGACCGCAGCGUCGUAUGUCACAAGUGCGAUGGCAGUGGGGCGCGCAGUAAAGGGGAUGUGCAUUCCUGCGAGGCUUGUCAGGGUAGAGGAGUCAGGAUCGUCAGGCAGGAGAUCAUGCCCGGCUUUCACACACAAAUGCAAGCAGUCUGCUCCGUCUGCGGCGGUACGGGCAGCCGCAUAGCGCACGCCUGCUCACUCUGCGGCGGGGCGAAGCUCAUCAACGAAAAGGCAGAGAUCGAAGUCGACCUACCCGCGGGUACGGAGGAGGGGGAAGUCUUCACCUACGAAGGAGAGAGCGACGAGAGUGUCGACUUGGACAUCGAGGCAGGCGAUGUCAUCGUGAAAGUGACGAGCGAUCCGAGCACUAGCUUGUUCAGGAGAAGGGGAACCAACCUGUACGUCAGUAGGACGCUGAGCUUGCCCGAUGCCCUGCUCGGGUUCAAGGACAUUUUCCCGCACAUGGACGGGCAUAAUGUUACGGUGGAUCGGAGGAAAGGCGUAACACAGCCGGGGAUGGUGGUGGUGCUCAAGGGCGAGGGGAUGCCUGUGCGCGGUGGAGUGGAGGGACAACGGGGGAGUCUGUACAUUGAGUACGAGGUGGUGCUGCCGGAUAAGGUUGAGGGGGAUCUGCGCAAGGUGCUCAACAGGGUGUGGGGAAGGAAGGACGAUCACCAGGGCGAUAAGGCCGAGGGUGGCCACGAUGAACUAUAGAUCGAUACAGACCCGGCUUAGAGUAUCAUUCCUCGUUGCGUUGUCAUUCUCAUGCUAAUGAAGGGGCCUUGUGUGCGUG